ACGUCGCCCCUCAUUCGCCAUAUUUCGUGGAGGAAUGCUCUGCUGGAGAUCGGCACUCAGCCGGUUCGCAAUUACUUCACUCACCCUGAGCUUUCUUUAACGCAACUAAAACAGCCAGAGAGGUAAAAUCAUCAUGAAUAUCUUUAGGCUGACUGGAGACCUGUCUCAUCUAGCUGCCAUCAUCAUCCUGCUGCUCAAGAUAUGGAAGACCAGGUCCUGCGCAGGUAUCUCUGGGAAGAGCCAGAUACUCUUCGCCUUGGUGUUCACCACGCGAUACCUGGAUCUCCUGACAUCCUUCAUUUCUCUUUACAACUCUUGCAUGAAGAUUAUCUACGUUGGCUGUGCCUAUGCCACUGUCUACCUGAUCUAUGCAAAAUUCAGGGCAACCUAUGAUGGAAACCAUGACACUUUCAGAGUGGAGUUUCUAGUGGUUCCAGUGGGAGGCCUCGCCUUCCUGGUCAACCACGACUUCUCUCCAUUGGAGAUUCUGUGGACCUUUUCCAUCUACUUGGAGUCGGUGGCCAUCCUGCCUCAGCUCUUUAUGAUCAGCAAGACGGGCGAGGCGGAGACCAUCACUACUCACUAUCUGUUCUGUCUGGGGGUGUAUCGCGCCCUCUACCUCUUCAACUGGAUCUGGAGGUUCUACUUCGAGGGCUUCUUUGACAUGAUUGCCAUCGUGGCUGGGGUCGUCCAGACUAUACUCUAUUGUGACUUCUUCUACCUUUACGUCACAAAAGUGCUGAAAGGAAAGAAGCUGAGUCUACCAGCCUAAGUGCCAAAGAACAGAGAGCUGUGUCUCCGUCAGACUUAUAGAGGGGCACAAGCCAAUGACGCCACCGCAAGAUGCCCAAGACAAAGAACACACAACGCCAGUUCAGUCACUGAUUUAUUUCUCUCCGCCUGGACACCAACCACCCCCUUACAGAAACGAGGACGUUUUCUUCUGUCUUUAGCAUCUUGCAAUACUUUUUUAUUGCUAUUAAAAAGAAAAAGAAGAAAAAAACUUUUCUAUAAUGCAAGGUGUAUUGAAAUAUUGAAUAUUGAACAGUCCAUUGUACACACUAAAUGAGUCAUUGUAAAUUUGUCCAUGAUCGGAAAUGGUUCCCGGAGUGUCAAAUAAGUUCUUUCCUGAUUUAAGAGGGAAAAUGAAAUGUGUGUCCAACAAUUCAAGUUAUUAUAUCUCAUUCUUUUUUUUAUUUCUUCUCCCCCACAGUGUGCAUGUGGUAAAAUCACACAUUACUUAAAUUAGAGGUUUAGCCACCACUGAAAAUUGAGAUUUCAUCUUUUCACAUAAAUGCCUUAUUCGUCUUUAAGUUCAUGUACAUAAGCAUUUGUGCUGAUGGCCCCAGUAGCAACGAGUCAACUGUAAAUAAGAUAAUGUUUCGUAUUUAAUUCGGCGCAAUUCUCCUUGUGUGACCCAUAUCAUUUUAUUUAGGAUGUCAACAGUUAUCAAUGAUAUGUGAUGUUAAAGCAAGGUUGUUUAAAUAUUCAGUUAUUUCCUGCAAACAUCAGCUUGUUCAAAUGCAUUAAUUUAUGGUUAGACCGUUAAAUCUAGUGGUGUGGAUACUGUCAAAGCACAUAUUGGAGUGAAUACAAGUUUUGUUGCUUAUGUUUUCUCGUUUCUUUGUUCAACAUCCCCAAGGUUUCCCCCUCUCUCAUCAUUCCUUUAGGGUUUACAGUUAUUUUUCUUUUUUAGUUUUUACAUGUCUCCAAUAAAUAUUUUAAGGGACAUGA